GGGGAUAAUUAAAAACGAAGAUUUUUCACAUUUUUCCUUUUUUACAUGCGAUGAAAACUGCCAGUCAGCUUCUAAGGGAGGCUGAGGGUCUGAAGAGUCGUGUCAAUGGGUGUACCCAGUUAGUGGGCAAUAAUGAAGCCUGGGCUAUCCAACACCAACUGCAGGUGGUUUGUGGACAACUCCUUGUACACUGGAUUGAAUCGGCCUUGGACCAUGGAGUGGAGCGUGAUCUGUGGAACCUUGGCUUCAGGAACACCAUAACUCAGCUGCAGGCUCAAGCUAAGGACAAGCAGGGAGGAGCAAGUGAAGCCCGUGAUCUUCUGGGUUGGUUCCUCAACUCUGCAAGUGGCUUCUAUUUGCAACUUUUUAAUCAAAUAUGUACAGAAUAUGGACUGGACUUGCCUUUCCGGAGGAAAGACAGUAUCUACGGCUCCAUCGAACUUAGUGGCUCCCCUCAAGAGAAGUGUAAAGGUAGUAGCCUCAAGAAUGCCUUGUAUUUGUGCCAGUAUUGCCUGGUGCACCUGGGGGACUUGGCCAGGUAUCGGCACCAAGCUAAGCAGGCUGAGACCUAUUAUAGACAUGCCGUUGUGGUUGCUCCCACCAGUGGUCACCCAUAUAAUCAGUUGGCUUUAUUAGAAGCUGGCAGAGGGAACCGUCUUGCUGCCGUGGCUCUCUAUGUCAGGGCCAUGUGUGUGCCUUGUCCCUUUCCUGGUGCACCUGCCAACCUCACACAGACAUUGUCCAAAUUGCUUGCCAGCAGCAGCCGUGACCUGAGUGGUUCUUGCCGCGUGACAAGCGAUGAGUACACGAGUCUGUUCCUCCAGUGCCAUGCCCUGCUGUACCUCAGUGGUGAUGUGAACAGUGCACGAAAGGCUCUCCCCACUUUAUGCUCGGGCCUGUCCACCUUGGUAGCUACAAGUGCUUUCACAAGAACUAGUCUGAUCCAGAUGGUCUUAGUGAACCUGUUUGCCCUGAAUUACUUCUCGGGGAAUGUGAAGGUGAGGACCAGCGAUGAGGCAGGACUCAGGAAGGACGAAGAGAAACAGGAGAAUCCCAAAGAUCCAAAGGAGUUGGAAGGUUGUCUGCAUGUUGUUGAGGAGUUGACAGUGGGAAUCCUAGCUGCGCUUCUGUUGCCUGUCCACACCAUCCGAGACCCAGAUCAGCUGAUGACUUACCCAGCGCUUCCUGCAAUCCGUCUUUUGUUUGAGUGGGUGAGGUGCGAGGGAGGAGUGUUCAUGUCAGAGGCCAUGAAGGGGAAGCAGCAGAUCUGGCCAGGACUCUGCACCUUAGUCAACAAUCUUCAGCAACCUCUAGCUUCCUUCAGUGCCAGUAAAUAUUCAGAAGUGCCGCUGGCGGAGGAUUGGGACUUGCAAGGCUUCGAACCACUGCAGAAGAUGCUCAGUAAAUAUAAGUAUAGAGAAGGGCUCUCCAAGCCAAGUCCAGAAGAGUACAACUGCAUCCGAGCCUUUAGACUGACGGAAGUAGCAAAGUGGUUUGCUGAACAGAACAUUGACGGGAACUCAGUCAUCAAGAUUCGUGAAGGAAGUGAAGAUGCAGUGGGAGGGUUGGUGUUUGAGCCGAUGCAGCACACAAGUCCCCCAGUUGAUGAAGUACGAGCCCUAGAACAACUCUCCCUCCAGCCAAAGCCUGAGGAAAAGUCAUCUAAUAAGCGAGGUAAAGUGGGGAUCCUGAAGCCACAGGGAUCCUUGGAACGAGCCAGAGAGACUCGAGAGCAGCAGCAGGAACCUGACAAAGCAGAGAAUCCGUUGUCUCAGGCUAUGGUUGAUCCUAUGGAGUCCAAAGAACUAGGUGGUGGUGGGUUGAUCAUCAAGGUGGUCUCAGGAGCAACUCAGUCACAAAAUCCACUCACAGGUCAGCCCCAGUCGCUGCCAGGUCAAGGCCAGGGGCAGGGCCAGGGGCAGGGGCAGGGGCAAGGCCAGACCCAGGUGCGCCCCUCACGCACACGCACUAAUGUGGCACUGCAGGCCAUCAUGAAGAGGAAUUCAGCUCUGCAAGAAGCGAAACAGGUCACUUUCAAGACCCCAUCUCCUGCCAUAUCUCCCAACCCUUCUGAAGCUUCUAGCGACAGUCACCGCAGCCAGCUCUCAACUCCUCCAUUGCUCCCAGCCACAACACAACGGGACCCCUUGACCAGCUCCCCCAUGCCACACCAUCUUGCACAUAUGUACCAGAUGGGUUCCAACCAAGGUCCAGCACCCCCACCCUUCACUCAGCAUAAUCAGAUCACAGAGAGCAGUUUUCCUAACCAGCAGUUCACAGGACAGCCUCCAUGGGUGGGAGUCCCAGGGAUGGGUGGAAGCGCACCUCCACCCCAGGUAAAUAUGGGUCGUCCAAUCCACCAGCAGAACCUGCCUUUGAACUCUGGCCCAGGCUUCAACAUGACUCAUAAUGGGAAUAGCAAGUCUCCUCAAGAAGUGUUGCGACAAUUGCAGACAAAUGCACCCAGCCAAUCAGAUUUAUUAACAGCUGGGGUCUUCAAUAGACCACCAAUUGAGGGCUUCCAUCAGCUGGGUGGAUCCAUGCCAAGGAGACCAGGUGACAUGGGCAGUAGAAUGCGGGAACCUGCACCAAGGAUGCUAGAAAUGAUGGGUAUGGCAAGAGCACCUCCUUCAUUUGGUCCUGUAGAGGGAGGGGGGAAUCCUAAUAGAUUUCACCCGCCAGGAAGCGAAAGCCAAGGAUUUGACAGUUCCCCCCGAAUGACUCAAGCACCACCAUUCAGAAUGCAAGAUGUGGACAAGACAACCACUCCAAGCCAAAAUCAGUCACCUGAAUCAUGCACUACUCUCUCCAGGAACCAUGAAUCCUCACCUGUUUGGGAUGGACUCACGUCAGAACAUAGGAGGAACCGGGGGAAUAGGGGUAUCAGGUGGGUCGAGGAAUGUCUUUGGGGAGACUGAAGUCGGGCCUUCUCGGGGACCAGGCCUCUCCCCUCCCAUGGGCAUGGGUUGGGGUGCAGGGCAGAAUGACAACAAGAACUACCACAUGAACCACCCCCCACCCACUUUAGCUAACUUGCUGCAGCAGCAUGGCCCAGUUGAUAUUAGGCUCAACCUUCCCAUGGACCCAAGUACUGACCACUUCUCCUCUGGCUUGCCAAGGCUGUCUCUUGUGAACAAUCCUUCCAUGAACAACCGCAGCCCACCAGGUGUAGGACCUCUUGGCUCUGUUCAUCUGGAAAUGCUUACAUCCACUCAACCUCCAGGUUCCAUUCCCCUGAACCAGCAGUCACGCGGGCAACAGCCAUUUAUGCCUGAGCAAGGUGAUGGAGAAGGCCCUGCAAGCAACACCUACUCUCUCUUUAGUCCUAUGAGUGGUGGGAAUAUGGGAAUGGGUGCAGGCCCCAGUCGCACUGUUCCACAUCCUCUGUACUCUAGUAACUCACAACCUAGUGGUCAACAGUCACUGUGGUCUGGGCCUGGCCCCUCACCCUUGGAGCGCCUGCUAGAGCAGAAGAAAUACAGCAGUGUUCCCAAGUGAGGCAUGAGAACACACAAAAAUGGUAUCAAGUCUGCAGAGAACAAUUCUCCUUGCAGCCCCUCCACAGGAUCCUGACGCAGUCCAAGCAACAUCACCGACACAAAGAGGCCGGCAGAUGAAGAGUGAACCUGUAUACAAGCCGGAGCUUCCCGUACCGCAUGAAGCUCAUAGCGCCUUUGAUUUCACUCUUUGCUUGGUAGGACAGGACCUGAAAGGGGCAACAAGUCAAUCAGUACUAGGGCGAGCAGCCGUAGAGAGCUAUGUCAUAACCAUGGUGGCAGGGGCAUUGUAAUAGUAGAGCUCGCAUAAUUUGUAUUUGUGAAGGAAUUGGCAUUGAAAGAAGUUUUCCUCCUUGGUGGCAGGUCAGCAAGGCUCAAUUCCCCCCUCCUUUUUUUUUUCUUUUUUUUUCUUUUUUCUUUUGUGUCUGUUGCACAGAAUGGGAAAUAGAUUUGAAACAAAGAAAGAAGAAUUUUGGAUAAGAUGCUGUCUAAGGUCUUAUUUUCAAACUGCUAAUAACUUCACCCUAUGUUUCAGUGCAUGAAGAAUGUAGCUCAGCUGUUUUGCUUGAGGUUAUCAUUUCCCCUGAAAAAAAGGAAAAAAAAACUUCUGUGGCUAAAAUGUUAUUAUCUGAUUGUCAAGAAGUUAGAACUAUGUUGUGAAUACUUAUAAUUCUUUGUGGAAAAGGGAUAUUGUUGCAACAAUAAGUCUUUUACAUAGGAUAUGUAUGAUGGUCAAAUAGCCGCAGAUUGUUGUUCUUUAUAUUUUUUGGCCUUUUGUCAUAUUAUAGUCUUAAUAUAUUAUGUGAUAUGUUUUUGCAAUGGCGAUCAGAAUGCCGUACUGUGAUCUGCUUGCCAGCAUGUAACACCUUGAUUACAGUCUUGUAAUAUUUAUGAGAGUACAAUGGUACUUAUCCAAUUUUUCAUUGGUUUCCUCAUUCACUAGUUAUUCUCCAUACAGACAUAAUACUAUAUAUUUUGUUUUGUAAUGUACAUUCUAACUUUGAGUGAAAUAAACCUUCCACAGUUAA